UUUAGCCACAAGUUUAUUGGGUGUGCGUUUGUGUGCGCGAGAGAAAAGAGAGAGUGAAGGGGGAAAAGUGAUAAUCAGAGAAGGGCGGAAAUCCCCGUUGUUGUUCUUUUUUUUUUUUUUUGGAAAGAAAAAGGGAAGGAGGAGGAGGUGGAAAGGAAGGAAGGAAGACAGGAAGGAAGUGAUUAUUGUAUUUCACAUGAGUAGUCCGAAGACCGCUUCAUCGUCGUCCAACUGCAGCAGCCCUACGUCAGGAGCCACCAGCAUUGGUGCGGCAGGGAUGAAGAAGUUGAGCCGUACGAAAGCGCCAUUGGUCAAAAGGGAACGUGUGUCCCCAUCUCGCGGGGACAGCGUCGGCUUGGCCGUUGUGGCGUCGCAGGGAUCCGGGGAAGUGUGCCAGGGAUGUCAUGACGUCAUAGCUGACAGGUUCCUGCUCAGAGUGAAUUCCAGGUCGUGGCACCAGACCUGCCUCAGGUGCUGCGUGUGCCAGUUGGCGCUGGACAGACAACCAUCCUGUUUCAUACGAGAACACAACGUUUAUUGCAAGACCGAUUAUACGAGGAACUUCGGGGCGCGGUGCGCCAAGUGUUGCCGCAGCAUCGGCGCCGCUGAUUGGGUCCGAAGGGCGCGGGACCGCGUGUAACACCUGGCUUGCUUCGCCUGCGACGCCUGCAAGAGGCAGCUCAGCACCGGGGAGGAGUUCGCCCUCCACGAUAACAGGGUCCUGUGCAAGCAGCAUUACCUCGAGUCGAUCGAAGGGGGAGCCACCAGCAAUGAUGAGAACACAGACGGCGAGGGCAGCCAGCGGAAGAGCAAGCGAGUCCGGACGACCUUCACAGACGAGCAGCUGCAGGUGCUUCAGGCCAAUUUCCAGAUAGAUUCGAACCCGGACAGCCAAGACCUGGAACGCAUAGCGCAGUUGACGGGCCUCAGCAAGAGAGUGACGCAGGUCUGGUUCCAGAAUUCCAGGGCGAGGCAGAAGAAACACAUGUCCUCCAAGAAGCAUCAGCAAGGUCUGGAUCGUGCACUGCAGGAUAUGAAUGGGUCCCUGGCCAGAACUAUUGACCUCCACUUCAUGUAUUCCUUCAGACCACAGAGCGUCGAGCCCGAUGACUCCUCCUCCCCAGAGACUCCCGUGAUGACCAUGAUGCAAGGGGAAGUGUGACAUCACGACAACGGGUGACCUUCAUCCUCGUCUCACUGGUGACAUCUUUCUUCCUCUUCUUCUUCCUGGCAAUGUCUCACCUUAAAGGAUUCGUAGUAGUAGUAGUUGUAGUAGUAGUAAUAGUCAUCACACCUGGAUGACCUGUACACCGGCUCCGCAUCUGGACGUGGGUUACGCCCUCACUUAUGAAAGUGUUUAUUUAAAGAAAAGGUUUUGUGAUCUAUUCCUGUCCGAGUUAUGGGAUUUCGUCUGUUUUUUUUAAUGUAUUGCCAACGACAAGGAAGUUGUGGAUAUCCUUAACGUGAGGUCAUAUGGCAGGAAUUAUAGAUUCCUAUAUAGCCUUUGGUUUAGGUGGAACUGUCCUUACGUAGGACUAUAUGGCAGUGAUUAUAUAGAUUCCCAUAUGGCUAUUGGUUCAGAUGGAACAAAAAUGCUUUUCAAAAUUUUGGGAAUUUUUAUGAUUAUCAUUUUUUUCAUAAGUGAGGUCGCAUGGUCUAGAUCGAGAAAUUUUUUUUUAAACCUGGCCAUUGGUUUCGAUGGAGAAAAUGUUUUUUUUUUUUAAAUCUGGCCAUUGGUUUAGAUGGAGAAAAUGUUUUUUUUUUUCAAAUCUGGCCAUUGGCUUAAAUGGGGCAGAGAAGUUUUAAAAAAUCUUGGACUGUAAAAGUUGAUGUUCGUACAAUUGACUGAUUAUCCACACGUUUUUUUUUUCGACCGCAGAUCCCUUGCUGAAAACUGUAGGAUUUCGGCAUCUGUACAAAGUCCCAAUUAAGAAAUAAGGUGUUUCAUUCACAGGAGAAGACAUAUUCAACGUUCGCUUCAUCCAUCCAUUUUUCUCGUACAUUCCCGGGGCUCCUGAUUUCACUGACGUACGCCAAGAAGGUGUCACUUCUCGUCGUCAUCUCGAGCGACGAUUUCCACAGACCUCUUGAGAACAUGCACGUAAUCACAUUCCGAAUUUGUAAAUAGUAUUCACCCAUGAACUGACUCCAUACCUAAUCGUGCGUUUCUCUCUAGGUUUU